AGGGUUACAAGAGACCUGCGGCUAAAAGGGGAAAAGACCAAGAAACCCCUAAAGCCAAACACGUCUAUGUACUAAGAAUAGUAUAGGUAUAACUAUCCUUUUACUCCCCCACAAGUUGAGGCAUGUAGGUUACAAAUGCCCAGCUUGGACAAGAGAGAAUGAAAACGGUCACCGGCGAGACCUUUAGUGAACAAAUCUGCAAGCUGAACCGCAGUGUGGACUUUCUGAGGACGAAUCUCACCGGAGGUGACAUGGUCACGGAUGAAGUAGUAGUCAAGUUCCACGUGCUUCGUGCGUUCAUGGAACACGGGGUUGGCGGCAAUGUGAAGAGUCUCCUAAUUAUCACAAUUAAGGAUUGUGGGACUUGUGCUGGCGACACCCAUAUGCCUGAGAAGUGCGCGAAGCCAGAUAACUUCACUAACAGUGCUGGCCAUGGGGCGGUACUUAGCCUCAGCAGAAGAUCGCGUGACAACAGAUUGCUUCUUGGUCCUCCAAGAAACCGGGGCACCACCAAGGGUGAUAAAGUAACCAGAAGUCGACCGACGAGUGGUUUGACAGCCGCCUUAGUCGGCAUCACAAUGAGCUGUCAAGUGAAGAGGGCCACUCGAAGGGAGAAGAAUGCCCUGACCUGGUGCAUUCUUGAGGUAACGAAGAACACGCUCAGCACCAGCCACAUGCGCAGACGUAGGCGCAUGAACAUAGCGGCUGAGGAUAUUAACUGCAUAGACAAUAUCUGGGCGCGUGACUGUGAGGUACUGUAACCGACCAAUAAGACGACGGUAAGCAG